CUUCACUAUCACAAUUCACAAGCACUAUAUUAGCCAAACCACUUUGGUUAAUUUCUCUACUCUUCUCAUCAUAUAAACCUUAAGCUUUUAUUUUUCUUCAAUAAUGGAGGUUCGAAGUGUGCUCCAAUUUCUUCAGGACAAGACCAUUUUGGUUGUUGGAGCCACAGGAUUUCUAGCCAAAAUUUUUUUGGAGAAGGUGUUGAGGGUUCAACCAAAUAUUAAGAAGGUUUUUCUUCUCUUAAGAGCCGCAGAUGCCAAAUCUGCCACUCAUCGCUUGAACAAUGAGAUCUUAGGGACAGACUUAUUUAAUUUGCUAAAAGAAAAGCUAGGAACAAAUUUUAAGUCCUUUAUAUCUGAAAAGUUGACUGUGUUUCCUGGGGACAUUUGUUAUGAGGACUUGGGUUUGAAGGAUUCAAUCCUAAGGGAAGAGAUGAACAAUGAGGGUCCGAAAAGUGACUUGAACACAUGA